AUGGAAACAAUGGAGAUGUCAUCAUCGAUAAACUAUGAUAAAGCUAGAGGGCAUGAACACUACCUGAGGCAUAUAUUGUUAUUGGAACAAGCUUCGCCUAUUGCAUUGACGGCCAUUAUAAAAAGAGAAGUGACAAAAUGUGGAAGAGAUCUUUGUAUUUUGUUAAAUGAGAAUAGUCAUACAAUUAAAACACAGUAUGAAACAGAGUUUCUUCAAUUAUUUCAAGAAGAUAAUAUCAAUGACUACAUUGAUACAUGGGACACACUUCAAUUAUGUGCUGUGACAUCAGUUUUAUUUAAAUCAGGUCUAACUGGUACAGAAGUUAAAGCUAUUCAAUGUAUAUAUGAUCAGAGAAAAGAUAUUGAAAAAUACGUAGAAUAUGCCUCCCUUACAUACAAUACCUACAAGGAGAAACAAGAAUUAUUGCACGAACAAUUACUCGAGUUGAUAACGCUCAUAGACGACCAAGCUAAUCUUGAUUGUAAACGUAUGAUAUUUUCAUUUGAAUCAAAAUUAAUGACGUUAAGCGAACAACAGAUAGGCAAACUAACACGGACAAAUGAUAUUAAAACUCAUCUGAAAAUUGCAAUGGAAGUAGAUGUCGUAACAGAUAAUGAUAUCACUAGCGAAGAAGACGAUCAAAAGCUUCCGACCAAUUGCCAAAUGUUCACUGAAACACUUCGGAACAAAAGUGUCUACAUCAAUGAUUCAGCUAUUUUGACAUGUAAACUCAACCUUCCAAUAGAUGAAAAUGUUGAGUGGAGGAAGGAUUACAAGCCGGUUGAAAUUUCAAACAAUUUAAUGGUCAUGAGCAAGAAUGGCAAUCAUUGGUUAGCGAUUUCCCGUGCAUCAUUAGAUGAUACGGGUCAAUAUACGUGUGUAUGUGGCCAUAUUUCAACAUCAGCGGAUCUUACUGUUAUAGAGCACUUCUUGCUUGAUCUACAGAUAAAUGUUAUUGCUAAAAAUGGUGACAGAAGUGCUGAAGGGAAUCAAAGAGUUUAUGAAGUAAUGAGAGACUAUAUUAAAGAUAAAGAUGAUAUGAUUGGUUUACCUUUUGAUGAAAGAUCAACUGAUACACCAGUCUAUCACCUCGUAGAUUUCAUUAAGGCAAUAAAAAAAAUGCCGUAUCGUUUGAUAUUUCUAUCACUGACCAAUCGUCAACAAACAUACAAAUCAACUGCCACAGUUCAAAGACCAUGGAAGAUUUUCUUAAGUCUACCAUCAGUAACGAAUUUCAACAAGAAUUGUUAG